AUGGCCACGUAUUGGACUGUCACCAACAGUAUUGUGGUGGAAAAUGCCAUGAUUGAUGUAUAUGAUGUUGUUUAUGAAGAUGUGAGAAACAACAUUUCCAGCACCAGAAGAGAGGAGCUAUAUUCCAUUCACAAGAUGUUUCUAUGUUGUGGGAAGAAGUCAGCCUUUGCCGAAAGAAACAGCAUAGAAGAUGAAAUGUGUACAUCAGAAAUUCUGGAAAUAGAAGAAGAGGAUUGUCUCCAACAAAUCAAAUACUUCCUGAAAAAACAUGUGGACAUUGUCUGUGUACUGAUGACCAUCACAAUUUUCUUCAUGAUUUAUGGGAUGAUACUAACUUCGUUCCUUUGGUACUCUAUCCAUUGUAAGAACAAUUUGGAUCGAAAGGGCAAAUAUGUCCUGGCAAAGCUAUCCGAAACUGGCUUCUGA